AUGUCCAACCACAGCUACAACUCUUGGCUGAAGACCAAGAAAAAGCCCGAGCUUGCCCAGCUCGCCCAGCAGUUUGGCCUGCAAGACAUCGCCGGUUCCAAAAAGGAUGACUUGGGUAUUGCCCUCGACACAUACCUCUCGGAAAACUCGUCGCGUUACCUCGCCGAUCCUGAGCUGGCGGGCUACUUUAACAGCCGCUCCAAGGCUCUCGGCUCGCCCGUCAAGAGAGAGGUGAUGCGCGACGAGGCCGACAAACCCCUCAAGGUCUCCCGCCGACGGACGACAAAGCUCUCUGAAGAGAUUACCCCUGAGAGCGACGAUGCUUCUCCCCAAGCCGCAUCUCCUCAAGCAGCUUCUCCCCAAGCUAUAUCGACGGCGCUCGUCGAGACCCCCGGCCGGGCUCUCUCUCAGGUCGCGGCGCGCAUCCCGCUGCCUGCCACACCGGCCGACGUGGCACUCGCGGUAGAUCGCUCGACCAGCGCCGUGCGCCAGCGCGUCUCGUCGAUGUAUGAGGAGAGCGGUAUCACCGAGGUCAGCCAUGCGACGCGCGACACUCUCAGCACUGUCACGAGCGUCCUCUUCUGCGUCGCCGCCUGGGAGCUGUGGAACGUCCGUCGCGAAGUUCUGAGUAAUAUUUACGCCUUCACCAUCCCCGCCAUCCAAUUCCUCGGCACCUCCGACUACCCUGUCUACGUCCCCGACAUGUUCUUGCUCCUCUCAUCCAGUUUCUGGUCCCCGACCUUGACCUGGAUCUUCACCAGCGUCGCCGUCCCCAGCUUCAUGGGCUACUUUUUCAACUUGAGCGCCACCAGCACGCCACCCACCCGCGGCCGCCUUCGCUCCAACACGGCCGAGUAUGUGGUGGACCCCUUGACCUUCAGCAUUGUCAAGGCCCUCAUCUCGUUUGUGGUCUACGGACAGGGCGUUAACUUUGGCGGUCUUCUCAACGAUAUGUCGAUUGUGCGCCUCAACAACGCCAUCUAUGGCGGCUACAAGGGAAUCUUGACUGGCACUGCCAUCACUGGUCUUAUGAGCAUCUACGACGCGGUUCUGAGGAAGUAG